AUGUCACUGAUGACUUCCUCUAGUAUUAAGCUGGCUGACGUGAGCGCUAUCAAGGGCGGUGAUAUCGUCAAGCAAAACCCCUUUGGUACAGUUACGGAUCCUUAUGAGAUCCGUGAUACUGCUUACGUUUCCGGUAACACUAUUAUCAACCAGUCUAUCUAUUCCGUGGCCUCUAAGAUCUUUGGCUAUGAGACUGUUGGUGCUGAGAGUUUAGUUGAUGGACAUUUACAAUUAUGGGCUGGCGAGUAUCGUAAGCAAAACUCCUUUGGAGUUGUUCCCUUAGUCCAUAAGUUUGAUACCAGAUCUGGUGCUUCAAACGCAAUCUUGGGUUACUUUUCAAGAAAUGGAACUAAUGGCCAACCAGUUUCUGUUGUUACUGGAUCUCAAACUUUGAACUAUAUGCGUCCAAUUUUGUCUAAUUCUUCAAGUGCAGCUGCUACUUUGCCUUUGGCUUUUAAUGUUUCAAGUAUUGAUUACGAUUCCAAGAAGGACUUGUUCCAUUCAAACUACUCUGUUCCUUUAGCCACGGCUCGUGCUUUGUCUUAUCCUGUGAUCACCCCUGUUUCUUCGUCUAAUGGGUUGGAAUUACAACAUUUAACUUUGUUGAACCAUUACUUGGCUGCUUCCACUGGAUCUCCUUCAGUCUUCCUCUUUGAUGGUCCUAACUCUGCAAAGAGCUACACCAAAUUUUCAAACUUGUUAUCUGUUGAAGAGUUGGGUCGCUUGUACGUCGAUUUGUUGGCUACUUCAAAGCCUGUUGCAUCUCAACAAGCUGCUAUUGAUGCUGCUCUCAAAAGCUUGAAACAAUUAACUGGUGUUUCAUACGCUCCAUUCGAAUACUUUGGUGCCGAAAACCCCUCUACUGUAUUUGUUGUUCAUGGCUCUCAUGAAUCUACUCAGUUGAAGAAUGUUGUCUCUAAGUUGAGCUCAGUAGGUUUGAUUUCAAUUAGAAUCCCAUUACCAUUCAACCAAGCCAAAUUUGUCGAAACCAUUCCUGCCUCUACUAAAAGAUUGAUCGUUUUAAGCCCUGCUGACUCCACUCAAUUGAAAGCAGAUAUCACCGCUUCCAUUUUCCUUUCUGGUGUCAAUGGUCAAAUCUCCGUUGAAUCAUUCAAUUAUGGUACAGAUUUCCAAUGGUCCCCAAUUGCUAUUACCAAAAUCUUUGAGUCAUUCGUUGACUCUUUGAACCCUGAACUGGUUUUAGAUUAUGAUUCUUUGAGUAGUUCUUUAUCCAAUGGCACUGUUGUCACUGCCAAUACUUCUCCUUCUGGUGCUUAUUUGAUCUGGGGCAAAGAUUAUGGUUCAUUCGUGUCCGUUGCUGAUAAGUUGGCCUUGUCAUUAUCUUUGGAUGAUUCUAAGACUAUCUUUGUUCGUAACAAGUUUGACAACAGUGUCAAUGGUGGUUCAUUUCAAUCUACUAUUGUUUCAGCUCCAAAGAACACUUUGUACGCCAGUGAAAUCGACUCUGCAAACGUUGUCUUGGUAGAGGAUCCUUCUAUCUUAACUUCGUAUGAUAUUUUAGCAACUGCAAAGCCAGGUUCUACGGUCGUUUUGGUCAACAAUAAGCCAAUCAAGGCUUCCAUUGAGGAAGACUUUGUUGUCAAAUUACCUUUAGAAUUCAAGCGAACUUUGGCCAAGAACCAAAACAUCUUGCAAGUUGUUGAUCUUUCUAUUAUCGAAGAAUUAGAAAAAGUCAGUGACUCCACUAAGGGAUUUUCUGCUGACUUUUUGUUGCAAUUGGCAUUCUGGAGAGCCGCAUUGCCUGAAUUGAAUGGUUAUAUUGUCAACAAGUUAUUACAAGCCAAUGGUAACGGCUUUGAAUUGUUGGCCACUGUCUUGGACAACUUUAUCAAGACUGUUGACGAAUUAAAGGGUAUUAAAUUGGUUGAAGUUGAUCCUCGAUGGGUUGACUUAGAAGAAACAAAGCUUGAAAAGAAGGAAGGUGAAGAACAAGAAGAAGAAGAAGAAGUAGAAGUAAUUGAAUUGCCAUACUUUGCUAAAGAAACUGCCUUUACUCCUAACCCUCGUAAUAACGGAGAAGUUUCUGAAGACUAUGUUCAAUCUGGUUAUGUUGAUUUGGCUACCAGAAUCACCUUCCCCGAAGCAUUCAAUGUUAAACAAGAAUUGAGACCUGAUUUACCCGUGAAGAACUUUGUUGUCAAGGUUCAAGAGAACAAGAGAUUGACACCAUCUGAAUAUUCCAGAAACAUUUUCCACAUUGAGUUUGAUAUUACUGGAACCGGCUUGAAGUACGAAAUUGGUGAAGCUUUGGGUAUUCACGGUAGAAAUAGCUCUUCUGCCGUUGAACUGUUCUUGAAGUUCUACAAUGUUGAUGGUGAUUCAUUGGUUGAAGUUGCCAACAAGGAUGAUACCUCCGUGUUGGAAAUUAAGUCUGCUAGACAAGCCUUGGCUGACUCCGUUGACUUUUUAGGUAAGCCACCAAAGAGAUUCUAUGAAGCGUUGGCUGAAUUUGCUGAAGAUGAAAAGGAAAAGGCUUCAAUUUCCAGAUUGGCAAGUGCCGAAGGAGCUGAAGACUUAAAGAAGAUACAAGAAGUUGAAUGUUCCACUUAUGUUGACAUUUUAAAGGAAUUCCCUAGUGCUAGACCAACUUUUGCUGAGUUAAUUAAGAUCAUUGCGCCUUUGAAGAGAAGAGAAUAUUCUAUUGCUUCAUCACAAAAGAUGCAUCCUAAUGCUGUUCACUUGUUGAUUGUUGUUGUUGAUUGGGUUGAUCCCAAGGGCCGUUUAAGAUAUGGGCAUUGUUCCAAGUACUUGAGUGACUUGAACAUUGGUGAUGAAUUGGUUGUAAGUGUUAAGCCUUCUGUGAUGAAGUUACCACCAUUGUCGACUCAACCUAUCAUUAUGUCUGGUUUAGGUACUGGAUUGGCACCAUUCAAGGCCUUUUUGGAAGAGAAGAUUUGGCAAAAGGAACAAGGUAUGGCUCUUGGAGAAAUCUACUUGUUCUUGGGUUCUAGACACAAGAAGGAAGAAUAUCUUUAUGGUGAACUUUGGGAAGCUUGGAAGGAUGCGGGUGUUUUAACUCAUAUUGGUGCGGCCUUCUCUAGAGAUCAACCUGAGAAGAUUUAUAUUCAAGACCGUAUCAGACAAGCUAUUGAACCAUUGACAGAUGCUAUGGUCAUUGAGAAUGGUUCUUUCUACUUGUGUGGUCCUACAUGGCCUGUACCUGAUAUCACUGCCUGUUUGGAAGACAUUGUUGUCAAUGGAGCCCUGAAACAAGGUGUUGAAGUUAAGGAUGCAGCCAAGGUUGUUGAAGAUAUGAAGGAAGAUGGUCGUUACAUUUUAGAAGUGUAUUAG